AUGACGGUCCCCAAGGAGAUGCCCGAGAAGUGGGUCCAGGCCGGGGCGCCCCCUUCCUGGAGCCGCAAGAAGCCCUCUUGGGGGACAGAAGAAGAAAGGAGGGCGCGGGCCAAUGACCGAGAAUACAAUGAGAAAUUCCAGUAUGCCAGUAACUGCAUCAAGACCUCCAAGUACAAUAUUCUCACCUUCCUGCCUGUCAACCUCUUUGAGCAGUUCCAGGAAGUUGCCAACACCUACUUCCUGUUCCUUCUCAUCCUGCAGUUGAUCCCACAGAUCUCUUCCCUGUCCUGGUUCACCACCAUUGUGCCUUUGGUUCUUGUCCUCACCAUCACAGCCGUCAAAGAUGCCACUGAUGACUAUUUCCGCCACAAGAGUGAUAACCAGGUGAAUAACCGUCAGUCUCAGGUGCUGAUCAAUGGAAUCCUCCAGCAAGAGCAGUGGAUGAAUGUCUGUGUUGGUGAUAUUAUCAAGCUAGAAAAUAACCAGUUUGUGGCGGCGGAUCUCCUCCUCCUUUCCAGCAGUGAGCCCCAUGGUCUGUGUUACAUAGAGACAGCAGAACUCGAUGGAGAGACCAACAUGAAAGUGCGUCAGGCGAUUCCAGUCACCUCGGAACUGGGGGACAUCAGUAAACUUGCCAAGUUUGAUGGUGAAGUGAUCUGUGAACCGCCCAACAACAAGUUGGACAAAUUCAGUGGAACCCUCUAUUGGAAGGAGAACAAGUUCCCUCUGAGCAACCAGAACAUGCUGCUGCGGGGCUGCGUGCUGCGAAACACCGAGUGGUGCUUCGGGCUGGUCAUCUUUGCAGGUCCUGACACUAAGCUCAUGCAGAACAGCGGCAGGACAAAGUUCAAGAGAACAAGUAUCGAUCGCCUAAUGAAUACACUGGUGCUCUGGAUUUUUGGAUUCCUGGUCUGCAUGGGGGUGAUCUUGGCCAUUGGCAAUGCCAUCUGGGAGCACGAGGUCGGGACACGCUUCCAGGUCUACCUGCCCUGGGAUGAGGCAGUGGACAGUGCCUUUUUCUCUGGCUUCCUCUCCUUCUGGUCCUACAUCAUCAUCCUCAACACUGUCGUGCCCAUUUCGCUUUAUGUCAGCGUGGAGAUCAUCCGCCUGGGCCACAGCUACUUCAUCAACUGGGACAAGAAGAUGUUCUGCAUGAAGAAGCGGACGCCUGCAGAGGCCCGCACCACCACCCUGAACGAGGAGCUGGGCCAGGUGGAGUACAUCUUCUCCGACAAGACAGGCACCCUCACCCAGAACAUCAUGGUCUUCAACAAGUGCUCCAUCAAUGGCCGCAGCUAUGGUGAUGCCUUCGAUGUCCUGGGACACAAGGCUGAAUUGGGAGAGAGGCCUGAACCCAUCGACUUCUCCUUCAACCCUCUGGCCGACAAGAAGUUCUUAUUUUGGGACCUCAGCCUGUUAGAGUCUGUCAAGAUGGGGAACCCGCACACACACGAGUUUUUCCGCCUCCUUUCCCUGUGUCACACGGUCAUGUCGGAAGAAAAGAACGAAGGGGAGCUGUACUACAAAGCCCAGUCCCCAGAUGAGGGGGCCCUGGUCACCGCAGCCAGAAAUUUUGGUUUUGUUUUCCGCUCUCGUACCCCCAAAACAAUCACCGUCCAUGAGUUGGGAAUAGCCAUCACCUACCAGUUGCUGGCCAUCCUGGACUUCAACAACAUCCGCAAGCGGAUGUCGGUCAUAGUGCGGAAUCCAGAGGGUAAGAUCCGACUCUACUGCAAAGGGGCUGACACCAUCCUGCUUGACAGACUUCACCACUCAAACCAAGAGCUGCUCAACACCACCACUGACCACCUGAAUGAAUAUGCAGGGGAAGGGCUGAGGACCUUGGUAUUGGCCUACAAGGAUCUAGAUGAAGAGUACUACGAGGAGUGGGCCGAGAGGCGGCUCCAAGCCACCUUGGCACAGGACAGCCGGGAGGACAGGCUGGCCAGCGUCUACGAGGAGGUUGAGAGAGACAUGAUGCUGCUGGGUGCAACGGCCAUUGAAGACAAGCUUCAGCAAGGGGUUCCAGAGACCAUUGCCCUCCUGACACUGGCCAACAUCAAGAUUUGGGUGCUAACUGGGGACAAACAAGAGACGGCUGUGAACAUUGGCUAUUCCUGCAAGAUGCUGACAGAUGACAUGACGGAGGUGUUCACUGUCACUGGCCACACCGUCCUGGAAGUGCGGGAGGAGCUCAAGAAAGCCCGGGAGAAGAUGAUGGACUCAUCCCGCACAGUGGGCAAUGGCUUCACCUACCAGGAGACACUUUCUUCUUCCAAGCUUGCUUCUGUCCUGGAGGCCGUGGCUGGGGAGUAUGCCCUGGUCAUCAACGGCCACAGCCUGGCCCACGCACUGGAGGCAGACAUGGAGCUGGAGUUUCUGGAGACGGCGUGUGCCUGCAAAGCUGUUAUCUGCUGCCGGGUGACCCCCUUGCAGAAGGCACAAGUGGUGGAAUUGGUUAAAAAGUACAAGAAGGCUGUGACGCUUGCCAUUGGUGAUGGAGCCAAUGACGUCAGCAUGAUCAAAACAGCUCACAUUGGUGUGGGCAUCAGCGGGCAGGAAGGGAUCCAGGCUGUCCUCGCCUCCGAUUACUCCUUCUCCCAGUUCAAGUUCCUGCAGCGCCUCCUGCUGGUGCAUGGGCGCUGGUCCUACCUGCGCAUGUGCAAGUUCCUCUGCUAUUUCUUCUACAAGAACUUUGCUUUCACCAUGGUCCACUUCUGGUUUGGCUUCUUCUGCGGCUUCUCGGCUCAGACCGUCUAUGACCAGUAUUUCAUCACCCUAUAUAACAUCGUGUACACCUCCCUCCCAGUCCUAGCUAUGGGGGUCUUUGACCAGGACGUCCCAGAGCAGCGGAGCAUGGAGUACCCUAAGCUCUAUGAGCCAGGCCAGCUCAACCUGCUGUUCAACAAGCGGGAGUUCUUCAUCUGCAUUGCCCAGGGCAUCUACACCUCUGUGCUCAUGUUCUUCAUCCCCUAUGGGGUGUUCGCUGAGGCCACCCGGGAUGAUGGCACCCAGCUGGCUGACUACCAGUCCUUUGCUGUCACUGUGGCCACUUCCCUGGUCAUUGUGGUCAGCAUGCAGAUUGGUCUGGAUACAGGCUACUGGACUGCCAUCAACCAUUUCUUCAUCUGGGGCAGCUUAGCUGUGUACUUUGCCAUCCUCUUUGCCAUGCACAGCAAAGGGCUCUUCGACAUGUUUCCGAACCAGUUCCGGUUUGUGGGGAAUGCCCAGAACACCCUGGCUGAGCCCACGGUGUGGCUGACCAUCCUCCUCACCACGGUCGUCUGCAUCCUGCCUGUGGUCGCCUUCCGGUUCCUCAAGCUGAACCUGAGACCCGAUCUCUCUGACACGGUCCGCUACACCCAGCUGGUGAGGAAGAAGCAGAAGGCUCAGCACCGCUGCAUGCGGCGGGUGGGUCGCACAGGUUCUCGGCGCUCGGGCUAUGCCUUCUCCCACCAGGAGGGCUUCGGGGAGCUCAUCAUGUCUGGCAAAAACAUGCGGCUCAGCUCCCUUGCGCUCUCCAGCUUCACCACCCGCUCCAGCUCCAGCUGGAUUGAGAGCCUGCGCAGGAAGAAGAGUGACAGCGCCAGCAGCCCCGGUGGCGGCGUGGACAAGCCUCUCAAGGGGUGAAGCUGGGACGGGAUCAGCCUGUGCAGUGGUCAGAGCACGCAGGGCUGGCCAUUCGCUGAGGGAACAGCUUCACGCAGCUGCUGGGGGAUGUCCUCCUUGCCUUGCCCCUCUCUACCCCCGUAGACUCUCCAGGAGCUGCUGGGGGCCCCCAGCCCAGGGCCCUCCCACCAGCUGAGCGGGGUGAAGGGGGCGGGCCCCAAGUGCAGUCAGGAACCAGCCUUGUUGCAGGAGCAGAUGUGGAACCAAAAACAGAAGAAAAAACUAUAAGAGAUUGGGUCUCCCCCUGCCUUGCCUGGAAGCCCACAGGGGGACUCUGUAAUCUCCAUAUUUUUUUACUCCCACUCCCCUGAGGGGCCCCAAGAGCCCCUGUUCCUGAAUUACACGAGAAUGUAUCAAGCCGGGAAGCCAGAGACCUGCUGGGGCUUCUGAGCCCCUCACACCAUGUAUGUCUCUCCUCAGUUUGUGUUCGUGCCCAGUUUGGUUUUGUCUUUUAUUUGGCAAGUGGAGGAGGCCUUCACAUGACUUUUAUGUUGUGGUUGUGUCUUACCCCUCCUGGGGAAGAGGAGCUGGCACGCCCUGGGAUGCCCGGCCGGGCCCCACCCUGGCUGGCUGGGGACUGCUUUGGGAGGUGCCAUCUCACCUGUGGCCCUCCUGUGGCUGGUGGGCGUGUGGCGGAGAGGCUGGCAGCCCAGAUGGUGUUGGGAGAGUCACCUUGAGAGUAAAGUGCUCCCCUCUCCCUAGUGUACACACACCAAUUCCUGGAUUCUGUAUGUCCUGCUGGUAUUGGGCUGGAGCCUGGGAAAAUGGCCCCAUUGUUCUCAGUGAGCUGAGGCUGGGUAUGAAAUUUAGCCCUCGGGGAAAAAAAAUGAAGUUGACUGUGAUUCUAAAUUUAGACCCAAGUUCAUUGGCAGACGCCCUUCCGACUUCCCUUCUCCCCCCUUAGGACUCUGGGACCCUGAGUGCCCUGAGGUGGGGCUGAAAGGGGAGGCUGGCGUCUGCUCCUCCCUUCUCUGGGGGAGGGGGCGAGGCCGUGGACAGGGUGGGGGGGGGGAGAGGGCUCAGGCCAGGGGGUGCCUGCCCAGUGCCUGGCUCGGUCUGAACGGGGUUCUGUCAGAACCUCGUCACUGCCUGCCCUUUCCCUCCAUCACCCACACCUAUGAAGCUGUUUCCCAGCCUAGGUAUUUCCCAAGUUUCUUCCUCUUCUUUAGUGGUGGAGGGGGUACUUCAGAAAUGGUGUGGAGCUGGGAGUGGGGUAAGGGGACCUUAGAUGUUUGAUGUGGGAGCCCUGAAGGAACUAAAA